GAGGAGGAUACAGUAUAUGUGGAGUCAGAGAGUGGGAGAGUCCUAUUGGCAUUCUUUCUUAUCCACACUGCACACUUUCGUUCCAAGCGACAUCGUGAGAUCAGGCGAGACAUAGAGAGUGGCUCCGGGGCCUCGACGUUGCUCAACAGGAUUCCGCAGGGCCUGGAUUAAACGAUUGGAGCCUGAGGUUUGAGAUGGGUUUGUCAUCAACAACGUGCUUCUCUAGUCCACUUCUUCUUCUCCUCACUCUGCAAUGGGGUGUGGUGGAGGUGGGGGCCCAGCAGGCGUUCAGGACCCAGCCCAAGAACAUGACGGUGCGUGCGGGGACUACGGUGAUGCUGAGGUGUGAGGUGCUGAGGCCCUCAGGGGUUGUCCAGUGGGUGAAGGAUGGCCUGCUUCUGGGUCCACAACAGAGCCUGCCGGGGUUCCCUCGCUACAGCCUGUUGGGGGACCCUAAGAGAGGACAGUACUAUCUCCAAAUCGAGAAAACCGAAUUGGAGGACGACGCCCCCUACGAAUGCCAAGUGGGCCAGUCCGAGAGCAGCCGGGCAAUCAUCUCCCAUACAGCGUGGAUCAAUGUGCAGAUUCCUCCCUCUAAACCUUACUUUGAGCUGGAGACCACAGAGCCAUGGGUAGCAGGGAAAAGCUACAUGGUCACAUGCAUCGCUCCAGACGGCAAACCAGAGGCAGUGAUCACUCUGUUUAAAGAUGGAGUUGAGCUGACAGGUGUAGAGUCUUUCCCUAUGUCUGGCUCUGAGGACAAGCUCCAGAACACACACGCUACAAAAGAGUUCAUGUUCUUAAGCAGUUCGGACAACGGGAGGGAGCUGGUGUGUCGUGCGAAGAACCCGGCUCUCCCUAGGGCCCUGGAGACCAGCCUGGUGAUGAAUGUAUACUUCCCACCCCAGAAUCCAGUAAUCCAGGGCCUGGACAGAGAAGGCCUGGUGAAGAGGGGGACCACAUUGAAGCUGUUUUGUGUGUCCCAGGGAGGGAACCCAUUGGCCACCCUACACUGGACCAAGAAUGGGGAGGUGAUUUCCACCAGCUGGGAGGUGGACACAGAGUUGCGACGGGCCAUCAGCCACUUGACCCUGCAGGUUAAACCACAGGACAACCAGGCCGAGCUGUGCUGUGAGAGCGUCAACCAGGUGACCCCUGUCCCUCUGUCCGACAGCCGCAAGAUCACUGUCCUCUUUGAGCCAGAGAAGGUGAUGGUGCUGGGGUUGUUCGAGGCGAGAGAGGGAGAGGAGGUGACCCUGUGCUGUUACACCUCCUCCAGUAACCCGCCUGUACACAUCCGCUGGUGGUUGGGCUUCAGGGAACUCAACACCACCGUGGUCAAUGUGGAAGAGGGAGACCACGGGGGGAAGACAACCAUGUCUAACCUGACCCAUGUUGUCUCUCGGGAGGAGAACGGGCUGCCCCUCACCUGUGAGACCUUCAACAAGGGCACACGCUUCUCCAAGAGCCAGUCCAACAACCUCAUUGUUUUCUACCCUCCUCAGAAAGUGUGGAUAGAAGCCCCUCCCCCAGGGCUUCCUCUGAGAUCAGGAACCAUCAUACGCCUCAUCUGCUUCUCUAUUGGGGGAAGUCCCAAAGGAACCCUCAACUGGUACAAGGAUGAUAAGGCGUUAUCAGACUACCCCAAACAGGUGCCCUCUGAUAAAGGCGUGUCCAAAGAACUGGCCGUGCGCCUCCAGCCCAGUGACAACAUGGCUACCUACCGCUGUAAUGCCACCAAUAAGGCCAAGAUUGUCCUCAACGCCUCUGUCAAACUCAUGGUCCAGUUCCCUGCAGUGAGUGUGACAAUCAUAGCCAAGCAGAAGGAGCUGCGUCGGGGCCAAAACCUCAGUCUGGACUGCCUGUCUGGGAGCAGCAACCCCCAGGCCAACAUCUCCUGGAGCCUGGGCUCAACCAGGCUGAAAGGGGCGGAUCUGCCUCCUAAGAACACAACGUUUGGGGGCAUAUCAGUACGCAGUACUCUGUCCCUCCCCCUGUCCUCCCAGCACCAUGGCCAGAGGAUCACCUGUCAGGCCUACAGCUCUCUGCUGUCUGAGGGAGUCAACACCUUCUACAAGCUCAACGUCCUCUAUCCCCCUGAGUUCAUCCCUGACCAUCCCCAGAAGAUACAGGUAGUGGAGGAUGAUACAGCCAUCCUUCCCUUGCUGGUCUCGGCCAAUCCAGAUGACGUCUCCUGCAGUUGGCUCUACCGCAAGGAGGAGCUGCACAAAGAAAUGGAUCCUCGGUACCACUUUACUGAGAGCACAGCGUUUGAGAUCUGGAAUGUGACAAGGAGAGACACCGGGGUCUACACUGUGAACUGUACCAACGAGGUGGGGUCUGACAAUACCACCAUCACUCUGGACGUACAGUAUGCCCCUAGUGUGAAGAUGGAGAAGGAUCCAGUGUAUGUGGACGUGGGGGAGACAGCAGACCUGUUUUGUGUAGCAGAUGCCAACCCCAUCAUCAACACUGACAUGUUUUCCUGGAAAUGGCUGGGUGAGGGGGAGAUGGAGGAGAUGGGGGAGCAGAGCCAGGAUGAGGCUACUGGGCAGCUGACCAUCCAAGGGGCGACUCGGGCCCACGCCGGACACUACCAGUGCACUGCCGACAACAACAUAGAGCCCCCUGCCAGCGUUUCAGUCCAGCUGGUGGUGCGCUUUAAGCCGGAGCUCCAGAAGGGGGCUCAGUGGAAUAAGGUGGCGAGCAGAGGGGAUGGCACCAGAACAGCUGAGGUGGUGUGCCAGGGAGAGGGCAUCCCGCGGCUCCACUUCUCCUGGGCUAAAAAUGGCGUGCCCAUAGACUUCAUACACCCCAGGUACCAGGAAAAGACAGUUAGGGAGGGCUCAUUACACACCAGCACGGUAACCGUGGUGAAUGUGAGUGCAGCGCUGGACUACGCAGCAUUCACCUGCACUGCUCGCAACACUCUGGGAGAAGACACACUCAACAUCCAACUGCUCAGCACCAAUCAACCAGAUCCUCCCUCAGAAUUCCACCUGGUCAGCUUCACCCAUGCCUCUGCAACUCUAGAAUGGAUCCCAGGCUUCGAUGGGGGCUUGGAGCAGAGAUUCCGUGUCAGGUACCGUUGGGCUGACUCUGUGAGUUUCCUCUACGUGGAUGUGUUCCCUCCGAGAGCAAACAUCUUCAUUGUGACAGGCCUGUCGCCCGCCACUACAUACAACUUUUCUGUCAACGCACUCAACUCCAUGGGAGAGAGCGGCUACGCAGACAACAACUCAGUACUCACCAUCACCACCGAGGAGUGGGAAGGAGCAGUCCAGGAAGAGGAUCCCUUAGGGGAAGAGACAAGAGGGUUGUCACUGUAUCAGACUGUGAUCAUGGCGGUGGUUGGUGGGGCUCCGCUGCUGGCUCUCAACUGGCUGGGCUGCUUCCUGUGUCUGAGGUGGAAGAAGAGGCGGGGCCAGACAGAGAGUAAAGGCAGUGUUUCAGAUGGGAAGAAGAGUGAAGAUGGGUCCACUGUGUCCACUGCCAGCGGCUCCACCAGGUAUGAGGUCAGAGAACUGGUGAAUCCUGCGGCCCAGCGCACCCUCCUCAUCGACAGCGGAUCAGAACCAGACAGCAGCGUCUACGAGAGCUACGCUGGGGAGGGCUCCCACUACUACUACCCCACCAGUGACUACCACCCCUCUCUCUACCCCCACCCCGAGGGCGCACAAGGGCAAGAUGGCCGCUGCUACCCACUAGAGCCCAUAGGCCAUGAGUAUGAGGAGGUGAGAGACUGGGGCAUGUAUCAGGACGUGCUGGGGUUGUCUCUCCCACUGCCUCCUUCACAGUUUGACCCCUGGUUACCAGAGCAGAGGCGAGAGUGGAGACCACCCCCACCCAGUUACCCUCAGGGAAGUGGGAGGGGCUUGACUGCCCCACAGCAGCCAAUCAGAAGGAAGGAUCCGGUGGUUGAGCAACGACCAGAGAAAAACGACUAUGAUUUACCUUUUGAGCUCAGAGGACAGUUAGUUUAGGAAGCUUAAGCCUUGAUUCCAGAUUGUGGAAAAUACCUCAGACUCAAAUACAAACUCUUAGUGCUGUGCUGGUAUUGAGUACGAUAUGAAUAGGAAGCCUUUCAACUGAUCAAAAUGUUACUACCAAAAGGUACAAUAUUUACAGUAGGUGAUGUUGUGGGACAGUCAAUCAGUACAAAUUAGGCCUCCCGUCGAUCCAAAGACGUAAAAUGUAAAAGACGAAGCAACAAAACAUGCAGAGUUUUUCUUACAGAUCUUUUAGUAACAAUUGACUAUACUCUACUGUACAAAUAAAAUGGCAAGGAUAAUCUAGUCCAAGGCCUAACUGAUACA